AUGGCAGCCAUAGCAAAAGAGAUCGUACUGGUGACCGGAGCAAACAGCGGCAUCGGCUUCGAGCUCGCACAUCAACUCCUCGCCAAAGGCACCUACCACGUUCUUCUCGGCGCCCGAUCAACCCAGCGUGGCAACGCCGCCCUCAACGAUCUCCAGUCACGCAACUUACCUGGAAGCAUCGAGUUCCUUCAUCUCGACCUGCAAGAUGACGAUACCAUUGCCAACGCAGCGACCUCGAUCACCGCGACCCACGGUAAACUCGACAUCCUCGUCAACAACGCAGCCGUCGCAUCCUACACGGCAGUUGAUCGUCAGGCUUUUAGAGAAGCAUUCGAUAUUAACGCCACCGGCCCGUAUCUCCUAACCAAAGCCCUCAUCACCCUCCUCCAGAAGAGCUCCAACCCGCGCAUCAUCAACAUAUCCUCGGGCGCCGGCUCAAUCGGGCGCCGGCUUACCACCUCAUCACCCAUGUACAAGAUUCAAGCGGAGCCGUAUCGGGCCAGCAAGGUGGCGAUGAACAUGCUGAUGACGUGCCAACAUGUCGAGUAUGGGCUGAAUUUUGGAGUCGAGAGUGAAAAGGGUAAAAAGGGAAUGAAGGUGUUUGCGUAUGAUCCGGGGUUUACGGUUAGCAAUUUGAGUGAGGCAAAUACGAAGGAGAAUGGGGCGAGGAGUGCGAAGGAGACGGUGUGGAGCUUGAUGGAUGUUGUUGAGGGGAGGAGGGAUGGUGAGGUUGGGAGAUUCAUCCAUAAUACUGGGGAGUAUCCGUGGUGA